AUUUAAAUAAAUAGUAUAUUUGCUAUUAACACAACAAAUAGAGUAUCAACAUUCGAAAUAACAACAACAACAACAACAACAGUAAUAACUAAAGGAGAAGCGGACAAGUGCUUUUGAAGUUAAAGACUUCCAUUACAACAGCACAGACGAAUAAACGCAAUCCAUUAGAGCAGGAAACGGCACGCGACAGUCGCACGCGCUUGCCCCACAGCGGCAACAAUAAUCGACCGACCGACCGACCGACCCAUCCGAACAUCUAACAUAACCGCAGACUUGAGUCAGUGAGCAAAGAUGGCGAAUCCGCGCAAAUUUAGCGAGAAAAUUGCGUUACAGAAGCAACGCCAGCAGGAAGGCACCGCCGAGUUCGAACGGAUUAUGAAAGAGGUUUACGCAACCAAAAUGGAUGAGACUCAAGCGAAUCAGAAGAUACUUGAAUGCUGUUUGGUAAACACUGACAUCGGCAGCAAUCAUGCCACAAAUGCCAGUUUGAUAAGUGCUGCAGGCAUCGGUGGCGGUGGCGGUGGCGGUGGCGGUGGAGGAGGCUGCAUCGCUGAUGGCAGCGGCAGCAAUGGACCCGUCGCCAAUGCCGGGGGUAGUGGUAGUGGUGGCACUUCCCCAGACGGCACAGGUACUGGCGGCACAGGCGGUAAUGCUGUGCGCGAGUCCCGUGGACGCAGCGUCGGCGUUGGCCCCAUGCGACGCCCCUCGGAGCGCAAGCAGGACCGUUCCCCGUACGGCAGCAACGCAGGCGUCGCAGUCGGCAUGGGCGCGGCAAUUAGCAGCAACAACGCCUAUCUCAGCCCGCCAAUGGACAGCAGUUGGCGGCGCUCCAACUCCGAUUCGGCACUUCAUCAAACCCUCAAUAUGGCAGUCGCUGCGGAGGGUGGCUUUGGUCCGGGCGGCAUGGUCGGCAUCGGUGGGCUGCCCGGCGAGAUGAACGCGCUGCACGCUAACUACCAGCACCACAACCAACGAUCUCAUUCGCCAAAUAUUGGCCGCAGUUUUAGUCCACAAGCACAAAGACGAAAGGGUCAGAUGCUGAUGCAUCAGCAACAGCAACAACAACAAGCGCAGCAACUGUUGCACCAUAGUCAGCAGCAAUUGCACUUGCAGCAGCAACAUCAGCAGCUGCAACAGCAUUUUCAUCAGCAGCAGCAGCAGCAACAACAGCACAUGCAUCAGCAAGCACAACAACAACAUGUCCAACAACAUCAUACGCAACAGCCAGCGAGUAGUGCUAGUCAACAACAACUUCCGCAACACUUCAAUGCCAAAUACACCAAUUGCAAUAUGCCUCCAAUAAAUAGCCUAUUCAAGUCACUGCAGGAGCAGUCGCUCGCCAACACUGGUUCGUUGCCGGAUCUGACUUCACUACAUUAUGCGCCUGCGCAGCAACAGCAAUUGAUAAACCAGGCGCCGCAGCAACAACAAACACUUUCGCCAAUACUGUCACCGCACAACAAUGGUCGCGACCGCGAUCAGUCGUCGAGUCCCUUUAGUCCGGCCGGUGGCAAUGGCGGCAACGGUGGUGGUGGUGGUGGUGGAGGUCCGCCGUCGCCAUACCAACAGCAACAGCACUCGCCCACAUCUGCCGCCAAUACACCCACAGCUGCGCAAACAUCACCGCAUUUGUCCUUCACAAAUCUAGCCGUGCAAUCGCCAACCGGCAGCGGCCCGGCCACACAAAACACCGCACAAACCGGCAAUUUCACCAACCUGCCUACCCUGGGCGCCGCCAGCUCCACGGGCAAUCUAACAGACUACCGACAACCCCUGAAUCCACCCAGUCCAGGCUCUUCGCCCGGCUUGCUGACGUCCGUGUCAGGUAAUGAAGUGAUACACAUCAGCGCGCCAGCCAGUCCGAUUCGACAUCCGCAGGCCGGCAUGAUCGGCCAAGGCAUGCAGGGCUACAAUGAGGAAAACAUCCAGACAUUUGAUCGUUAUUCGCCGGCGAUGGCGGGUGCGCUAGAGGCGAGUGGAUAUAAUAGUCUCAAUCCGUCGUUCCACAACCACUUCAAGCAGUUUACGCUUGGUGAUAGCAAUUCCUCGCCCGAGCAACAGCAACAAUUGCAGCAGCAUUAUCAGCAGCAGCAGCGACAGCAACAGCAGCAAAACAACUUUACAGCGCUAGACUUUGAUGACUUCGUCACCGGUGGCAAUGGCACAACAUACCCGCAGAGCCUAUCACAAAGCAAACAAUUGGACUUUAGCGAUCUGACAGGCGUUUCAGUGUCUACAGCGACGACGACAACGCAAACCAGUAGAGGUGGCAGUACGUGUAACACCAACAAUGGCAGAAACACCUCCAACAACAACAACACGCAGCAACAGCAACAACAGACGUCACGCAUACUGGCGCACCAACUGCUAGAAAACAAUGGCGCCGGCGGUGGCAGCAAUGUCAACAGCAACUCAAACACAAAUGGACCAUGUCGCAUCAGCAACAACAAUGUGAAUCUUACGCAAGCGAAUGAAAAGAACUCUUCACCCAUACCUUCGCCUUUGGGCUGCUUGCCGUCACCCUCGUCGCCGCUACCGAUUCCCAUAUCGGCACAGUCGCCACAUCAUCAACACCAACAGAUGUCGCUGUCGCUGCACUCACACUCAGCACAACCUUCACCUCAUCAUUCGCCAAUGCAUUCGCCGCACCACGCCUCCCCACUGUCAUCCUCCUCGCCGGGCAUAACGACAUUAGCCGGCGGUGUGUCGCCAACGCCACAUGGCAACGGUAAUGGCACCAACAAUGCGUCAACGCAUCCACACCAUCAACACCAACAAACGACGCAACACAUCCAGCAGCACCAUCAUCAUCCACACAAUCACGCUAGCACACCAACCAACACCAACAUACCGGCGAUCAUUUUCUCCGACUACUCGUCGCGUGAGAUUUUCGACUCGCUCGAUUUGGAUUUGGGUCAAAUGGACGAGACUGCGCUAGAUCUGCUAGCGGACCAGAACUCGAUCAUGAUUGCCGAUCCAACAAUCGAGGACAGUUUUCGAAAGGAUCUUAACUGAUACUAUGAGGAAGCUGUUGCAGCUAUUGAGAGUGGUGUACUGCUCGACGACACCUUCGAUCCGCUGGGGCCCAUAGUCGACGUCACUGAGGUACUGGGCAAUCCGCUGGCGGAUACAACGAAGUGCAGACAAGAUGACGACACAACGGACACAGCCACGGCCACGGCCGCCACAACCACGACUUCUACACUUGCCGAUAGCACAAACACAGACACCAUGCCCAUCACGCUUAGCUUGAGCGAACAAGACACUACGGUCGACGACGAGCUGAGUAAUGUCGACGAUAACAUAAGCAUCGGUUUAGGUAUAGGAAUUGGAAUGGGCAUCGGUAGCGGUAGCGGUAGUGAUGAGAAUAAUGGUGAUGUAGAAGAUUUCUUCUUUUAAGUAGUGCAGUGUCAAGGCAGUAGCCAAAAUAAGCGGACGAAGAAAAGCACAACUGGUUAUGUCGAUCGACGACAUAUGUAUGUACAUAAGUAGAUAUGUUAACUAGUUGGGACGACGCGCACAGUUAGACACAAAAUACACUCAAAAAAAAAAACAUGCACGCAAACAGUUGAACACACACACACACAUAGAGAGACGUACAUGUAUGUAUGUAAAUAUUUAUGUAUGAGGUGAAGUACACGUGCAAGCAACAGUGGUAGCAACAGCUUUUACAUCUCUAAGCAGUAGUUAGGAUUCUUAAAUAAAAUAUACAUACAAACGUAAUUACCUAAAAUACAUACAUAUACAAAUGUGUUUACAUACAUAUAAAAAAAUAAAUAAAUAAAUAAUAAUAACAAAAUAAAAGCCGCGGAGCAUUUGAGUAGCGUGAAAAGAGCGUGCGAAUUGGCAUGUGAGACUAAUUUGAGUGAGGUAAUUUCUAUGAACAAGACUGUAUACGAGAAAAUCAACUUCCUUUUCGCGAGCAAUGGUUAGUAAGGUUAGAUUGAAAUGUCUACGUAUAAAGAGUGACUGCCCGUACACUAAGGCUCAGCGCAGGCCCAUUGUGAUGCCAUAUGCAAUAUUCGUUCCCCUAUGAUAUUGCGACGCUCACGCGGGAUCAAAACAUUUCGUCUACGUAAUGAACUUUGGUAAUUCUCUUAUAUUGAUUUCCGCUAUCUCCGCAAAGUCCUGUAGACAGAGUUUUCGGAGCUUCUGAAGUCAUCUUCUGCUUAGUGCUGCGCAUUGGCAUAUGCGGUGCUCUGCACUAUCGUCCCCUUCUUUGCAUCUACAGCUGCGGCAGUAGUCUGGCAGUGAACGCGCCAAACUCGAGGCAUGUGCUCCAAUUAGACAAUGGCCUGUAGGUAUUCUUGUGAGAAUAGAUGCUUCGCUCCGUUUUAACCCUAAGAGUUCAACGUAAGAAGGCCACGUAAGCCUAGCGGUUUCACAGAAGUAGAGGUUUCCCUAGCGCUCGUUUGCUGCUUUUGUGGGGCUGUCCCUAAUACAUAGUUAAAAAUUGUAUAUUCGCAUACCUACCACGUCCUUCGCCGAAAGGAUUUUGGCGGUCGUACCGUUCCUCACUAGUUCAUCAGCUUUGCAUUUUCCCUUAAUAUCUCUAUGUCCAGACAUCAAUAUGAAUUGUAUUCUAUAAAGCUGGGCCAUCUCAUUUCGAGAGAGAGACUUUGUGUUACUUGCGCCUGAGACUAGAGCUUUCAGGACUGCUUGACGGUCUUUGGGUCUUCUUACUAGUCGGCACUCCGAGAUAACAACCGGCACCGCCUGUUAUAUACUGUACUAGUCCGGAAGCCGUAAAAAUGUUUCUAAAUCCAGCUACGGGGAGAAGGCUCCUCACCGACCUUUCCGUCGACUUCGUAGCCAUCAGUAUGCAUAUUUAUAGCGUUACGUAUGUGGGAAAGUCCUGUUGAGUUGAAAUGGUAAAUUUCUAUUUUUUGAUGAAGGUAUUUAAUGGUAUACAGUAGUUAGUACUUGAAGGUAUCGGAAUGGGUGUCAUCGUCCUUAGGAUUUUCGAGUGGCCGGAUGUACCAUGGGUCCAGAAGCUUUCUGCUCUGUGUCUUAAAGCUGCAAUAAUGACUAUUUCUCGAGCAAUAGCGUCAAGUGGGGGCAGAUGUAGAAUCGCGCCACCAUAUUAGGGCUCCUUAGAGCGAAAUCGGACGAACAAUGGCCUUGUAGAUCCAGUGAACUUUGAGGAAUAGGCGAAUUAGCCUAAGCAAAGUUUAUACCGGCUUUCGAUAUGAACACUACCUUGAAUUCUUUUCAGAUCACGGAAAUAUAACCGAGUCUUAGGCCGCUAGAGAAGAUAUUUCUUAGCCAACAAAAAUAGUAACCCUAAUUGAUCAAGUUCUUCUCGCGCUUCCGGUGUGUUACAUGGCUCAGUAGGUAGAGUAUAAAAAAAAAAAAAGUUUUUUGUAAUAUCCCCUUUUUUUUGAUAUUUUGUAUCUCUUUAGAACCGAGGGCGAGAGCCAUCCGAGAAAUAGUGCUCUUUUAGGGCAUUUCAUGCCGAGAUCACUGUAGACUCACUAACGAGAGUAAUGUCAUAUUUGACAAUGGAUAAUGGAAAAUCGUUCCACAGUACAACACCCCCUGAAGCCCAAAACAAGUAAAAAAUUUACAUUCCGUGGAAAUUGUUGCUGUUCGCCAAAUGUUCUCAAGAUAGAUUUGCAUUAAAUAAAAAUUCAAAACUUUUAUUGGAACCGAUUAUUCGCUACCUAAGUCUUUGCCACUUUCAGCUGAGAGUAAAACACAUUUAACAGCAAACCCUUACGUACAUGAAUUCUACGAGAGCUAACCCUUCUAGAAGCCCGUGACAUCCAUUUCACUCACGAAUAGCAGUUGCUUAAAACCCAAUAUUUUACUAGAGACCAAGAUACAUCAAUCAGCUUAAAUUUGCCCUAACUGAAGUUCUACCAAUUGGAAUGAGCAUGCAGGGGAAGUAUAUAUGUAUCUAUAUGAUUACAUAAAUAUACAUAUGUAACGUAUCAAGCAAGAUGCUGUAAAUGUGCUGCUGCAUAACAACUGACUGACUAGCUGAUUCGUCGCUUAGCUGACAGCUGACAACACAGACAGUAGUCAAGUGAGGCAAUGAGCAGUAAGCGACAAGCAAUAGGAAGUGUACGAACAUGAAAGAAACCGGAAACUCAAUUAGUCGUUCAACUCAAUUCGAAUGUUCGCUCGCUCAGCUUGGCCGGAUGCGCCUGACGAGCUCCUUUAAGUGUAGAUUAUAUACGAAAUAUGUAUGUAUGUAUAAUAAGUUAAAUAUUUUUCCUUUACUAUGAUUUAAAGUUUCCAUUUUGCUUUUACGAUUACAGACAAAGAAUGAAAUGAGUAACGAAUGAAAUAACAAUGCGGUGUUUGAAACGAUUGCCUUUUUUUUAGUUAUAUAAAGAUGCAUACAAAUUCGCAUAUGUAUGUGUGUAUGUACCUGCAGAAAGUUUGUGUACGUACAAUAUUUCGACGGGAAUUUACUUUAAGCGUUUUAUUUUUUUGCGUUUUAUUAUGUGUGUGAAAGCAACUACAAUAGUAGAAGAUUAUAAGCUAAGCAAAAUGUGAAGCAAAAAAUUUUUAGCGGAAUUUUAAUUAAAGUGUCAAAUUUUACUUAUUUUCGAAUACAAACCUAAUCAUUUUAUGCCAACAAAAAAUAUACAAAUAUCAAAAAUACAUACAGUGGUGGAAAAAUAAAUAGGGACACGAC